AUGACUCGUCUUGCUCUGGACGCGUUGCUCGAAAUUAACGCGCCUUUGGGCGUUCUCUACCGUCAUUUCCUUCAAGAUGCUUGGGUCCGUACCCAACUCAGCGGAUCAGAUCAAGACUCUUCCGUCCCCUUCUCUUGGCCCCCAGAUAAUACUGACUCUUCUCAUGACGAAGAUCUUUCACUUCAUCCAGGACUUUUUACAGUCGCUAUUAGUAUCUUUGAGGCUAUUGAGUAUUCUCAACAAAACGGCACACAAUCUCUGCCAACCCAAAAUGAACAGGACCAAGAUAAUGAUAAACAACAACAACAACAGCAACAACAAGAUAACAAUACACUUUUCGAGGAAAUACAAACAAAUAUCGUCUCCGAAAUACCCACUCUUCAUCACUUGAUUCUUGCAGAAUAUAUUUUGGCGCGUCUCUACAAUGAGGGCGGUGUGCCAUUGGCAAAAACUCCCUUCUUUGCACACUUUCUGCGCAUCUACGUUCAAGUUCCGUCUCUUCGGUUUCUCAUGCACCGCAUUCUCGAUGGCGGAUCCACAGCUGCAGCUCUUUCAUCCAUGCCUGUGGCUGCCGUGCUCAACUCAUGUGUCAAAGUAGCCUUUGAUGUGCGCGGGAAUAUUCUUCCUGAAAACGAGGAUUCUCUUAAAAAUAAUCAUCAUUCACAACAACCACAGGCACAAUACGGACCUGGAUUUGUGGCCGGCAGAAGCCUAGCUUGGAUAUUUGAAAUACUGGAUGCACAGGGUGCAGACGAAUCGGCUGUCAUCAAUACAUUGACGCCCACAGAUCCGGUGGACAUUUUAGACCGGCUCCUAGAUACCGUGGUCACAAUGCCCAUGCAUGCAGGAGAGUCCCAGAGCUUGGCUCAUGAACAUAGUGCUGGCGCACUUUUGACAGCCUUUAGCCGGGUAGCUUCCCCCAACAACAAGAAAAUACCGUUAUUACCACUCAAGGGAUGGGACCUUGAAGACAUUGUAUUGGAAGACAGGGCGAAUGGCAAGUCCCUGAAAGAAGAGCGAGCAUCUUCUCGAGCAUUCCAAACUAUUUAUCUUCGGAAUUUGUUACCAGUGCAAGGCGUGGACGCAACCACAAUGGAGCCACUGGUGGAAAAGAGCACACAGAAACCGAUUCCUGGAGACGAGGCUGUGGAAAAAUGGGUUGGUUGGCAAUAUCGUCGGCGAUUUUUGCAGCUAGUAAAGUGCGGGAUUUUGGAGACGGAUGAGAAUGGGGAAUCUGGAGGCAGCAGCAGCAGCAGCAGCAGCAGCAGUAAUGAUAAUGGUAGUAGUAUGACGAUGGAAGGUAUUUUCACGCCACUCAAAGGCCGCAUUUUGGAACAGCUUUUGCGCAUUUUGAGCUACUGGAAGCCAAGCAACAACAAGGACGAUAAGUCAUUUGGAGGGAAGGUGCGACAACUUUUGUUGGAUGCAAUUUGCGAGGGUAUAGAUACACAGGUGAGUAACACUGCAGCUGACUUUGUAUUUCGCAUCAGCACGGUGACAGAGCCUUCAAGCGAAGAGAAGGAAGAAGAAAAAGAAGGAUCCAAAGAAGAAGAAAACGAAGAAAAAGAAGAAAAGAGUGAGUCACAAAAGCAGAAUUUUUUAGUGGAAAGAGGUGAUGAGUUGCGACAGCUUAUUUACGGCGUGGUACUGCGGUGGCUUGAAGGUGUCAAUAGUUUGAGACCCACGAGCCAAGGGGGAGCAUUGAACGGUCGUGGGGGAAGUAGGAGAAGCAGCAAUGGGAGCUCGCGUGGAGGACGCGGGUCGGGUAGUAGCAGUAGCAGUAGUAAUAGUAGUAACAGCAGCAGCAGCAGCAGCAGCAGUGGUAGUGGUAGUGGUAGUGGUAGUGGUAGUGGUAGUGGGAACACCAAUAAUGGGGAAGAAGCACACACUGUGGAGCAGGAGCAUCAGGUGCGUUUGAUUUGCAUGGUGAUCUUAGGGUUGAUGCAGAGUGGGUAUUUGGAGCCUGCAGAUGAAUACACACUGUUGUAUGGGCAAUUUGUGGGGUAUAUAGGGCAGGUGGAAGAGGCACGGUCUGUUUACUUUUCGAUUAAUAACCGGAACGCUGGAGGUACGAGUAAUGGUGCUGGUGGUAGUAAUGGAGGAGGAGGAGGAUUACAGUCGGUCCGGGGGCCAAGCAAUGGAGGAGGGGAUCAUAAGCUUGUGACGGGGAUGCGGGGGGAUGAAAAGGUUCGAGCUGGGCAUAGAGCAGGGCCACGGGCUGAACGGUCAGGUGCAGGUGGGUAG